AGCGGGUGCGGUCAUUGUCCUGGCACGUUUUGCAGCUCUGUUGGUCCCUCAGGACCAUCCUCUUCCCCUGAUGAUCGUGUCCCGGUGGAGAGAUGGCUGCUCAGCUGCCGACUGACGUACCGCUGACUGGGGGACUAGACCUGAAAUGAAGGAGUUGGAUGCUAAGGACGACACUGUAGAGGGCAAGGCACCUGCCAGGGCAGCCUUGGGAGGGCCUGAGAGGACCUGCGCCUGGGCAGGAGCGUGCACGCGGGGCAGCUGGGGUAUGGGGUCUCGCGGGCAGCGGCGGCCCACUGACCAGGGCAGCAGCCUGGCAGAGGGCUUUGUCUCUGAGGGCCGUGAGUUCAAGGCCUCUACCACGCAGAGCGGCACCCCUGACCCGCUACCGCUGGAGGUGCCCGCGGAGCAGGGGGCCUGCCUGUUUGGGGUGCGUGGGGAGCGCCCCAGCGGUUCAGACCCUGGCAAGCGCCUGGCAUCCUACGACUGCCGGGAGUGCGGCAAGGCCUUCGGUCGGAGUUCGUCCCUCGUAAAGCACCUGCGCAUCCACACGGGCGAGAAGCCCUUCCGCUGUGACGUGUGCGGAAAGCCCUUCAUUGAGCGCUCGUCCCUCACCAUCCACCGGCGCGUGCACACGGGGGAGAAGCCCUACACGUGCGGGGACUGCGGCAAGGCCUUCAGCCAGCGCAUGAACCUCGUAGUGCACCAGCGCACGCACACGGGCGAGAAGCCCUACGCGUGCCGUGUGUGCGGCAAGGCCUUCCGCAAGACCUCGUCCCUCACGCAGCAUGAGCGCAUCCACACGGGCGAGAAGCCCUACGCGUGCGGGGACUGCGGCAAGGCCUUCAGCCAGAACAUGCACCUGAUUGUGCACCAGCGCACGCACACGGGCGAGAAGCCAUACGUGUGUCCCUUGUGUGGCAAGGCCUUCAGCCAGAAUAUGCAUCUGACAGAGCACCGGCGCACGCACACGGGAGAGAAGCCGUACGCGUGCAAAGAUUGUGGCAAGGCCUUCAACAAGAGCUCCUCGCUUACCUUGCACCAGAGGAAUCACACUGGCGAGAAGCCGUACGUGUGCAACGAGUGCGGCAAGGCCUUCAGCCAGAGCUCCUACCUCAUCCAGCACCAGAGGUUCCACAUCGGAGUGAAGCCCUUCGAGUGCGCGCAGUGCGGCAAGGCCUUCAGCAAGAACUCGGCGCUCGCGCAGCACCAGCGCAUCCACACGGGCGAGAAGCCCUACGAGUGCUACGUCUGCAAGAAGCACUUCACCGGGCGCUCGUCGCUUGUCGUGCACCAGAUCGUGCACACCGGCGAGCGUCCCUACAAGUGCAGUGACUGCGGCAAGGCCUUCAGCCAGAGCGCGUACCUGAUAGAGCACCAGCGCAUCCACACGGGCGAGAAGCCCUACCGCUGCGCGCAGUGCGGGAAGUCCUUCAUCAAGAACUCCUCGCUGACGGUGCACCUGCGCAUCCACACCGGCGAGAAGCCCUACCGCUGCGCCGAGUGUGGGAAGACCUUCAGCCGCAACACGAACCUGACCCGGCACCUGCGAAUCCACACCUGAGCUCAGCGGUGGACACCAGGUGGGUGGGCUGCGCCGUGCAGGUCAGUGGGGCCGUUCUGUCUUUGGAGCACAUGAUGACUGACCCCAGGAGGCCCAGGAAUGUGGGCAUCCUUGGAAGGCUUUUUGCUCCAACAUGCCCUCCUAGGAAGGUAAGCAAGUCCCUGGAUACCUGGUGUAUUUGGGGACUUUGUAAGGUUUCUGAGGUCCAGUUAGUAAUGGAACUUAGGCCGGGGGCCCAGUCCUAUGUGUGAAUACCACAGGAGCUUGGCAAAUGGCAGUGUCUCGGGGCUGCAUGUCAGCAGGACUAAGGGGCAGGUGGGAGGAGGGUGAAGACUGGGCUCUUACUCCCUUUGUCAUGCGUGCCCUGAAUCCAGAUAUCAGUUUGUCCCAUCUCAGUUUUCUCCAUGGGUUAAAGGUCCUUCCCACUCGCAGUCCGUCCUGUCCUGCUGGAUCCCAGUUCUUGGUAAGGGAGGGAAGGUCCCCAUGCCGUAGUUAGCAAAUAACAAUACCUGCUUUGAAUGCCAAAGUUAGAGUCGUCUGUUAGGAUUUUUAAAAAUAAAGCUUUUGAUUAAGGGAGACUAGGUCAUUUUAAGUGAUCUUUUAAGUGUAAGAGAUAGGAUGCCAGUCCUGUGUCAAAGUCGACUUCGGAGAUGGAGGGGAGAGUGGGAGGGAGGGAACCAAGGCUGCGCCAGGUUCAGGUCCCUGUGGGGUUCAGGGAGGCAUGCACUUCAGCAGACUGUUCCUGCAGUUAUUUUAGCAGCUAGGCUUGAAGGUAAGUGCCGAGCCCAUUCCUGCUGUCACAGGAAGAGCCCUCCGCUGGGUAGCCAUGUGCAGUGGCACAGCACUGCCUACAACAGUCCUGGAGCUGGGAGGGCCAAGGUGCCCGCAGGUUUGGUGCCUGAAGAGGCCCAUUCUUUAUAGACUGCCUCUGUGUGUCUUCCCUGUGCUCCUUGGGCCUCUUACAGGGGCUCUGCCCCUAGGACCCCUCCUCCCAGAGGCCACUUCUUCAUGUGGUCCCACCAUGAAUGUGAGGGACACCGACACCCAGGUUUGCUGGACCUUGUACUGCACCUCCUGGCUGACUGGAAGCUCUGCCUGCACCUGGGGGGCCCAGCACCCCACAGGCUUUCUCUGGGGCCUUUAGGCCACCUUUUAAUACUGACAUUGAUAGAACUGGUUCUGAACGCCCUGGAAUUUCUGAUGAUUCCCACUUUUUGAUACUGGUGUAUAUGAAGAAUAAAAAAGUCAUUUAAAGGUCA